AGUCAAGGGUUCCCUGGGUUCAUUACCAUCACUGUUUCACCUGGAUCCCAUCACAUGGGUCCAUGGAGGGAGCGCAUGUGUGUGCAGGCACCCCUUGCUCCCUUUUCCACAUGAGCCCCUGGUUGGACACAUGUCCUCCUUCUGUUCCCCCAGAUGGUGGCCCUGGAGUAGGACUUGUAUUGGGGCUACUGGUCCCAUGUCAGUGUCCAUCAGCCCGGAGUCCAGCCCCUGGUGUGCUGAAGCUCAGGCCCUUCCUGGUGCCCUAGUCUCCUGCACUGAGCUUGUGAGCUCUUCUGCCCAGGUGGUCCCCCUGGUCUUAAUGGGCAUAGGGUUCGGUAGCAGGGAGAGCCAAGGGUCCCCCGUGUCCAUGACAGUGAACUCUUCUGCCCAGGUGGGCCCUCUGACAUUGACCGGCAUAGAUGGUGAACUCAGAGGAAGACUUGCAUUGGGCCCAGUGGACCUGGGCCAGUGUCUGUCAGCCAGGUCCCCAGCUCCUGAUGCACUGAAGUUCAGGCCCUUCCUGGAGCCCUGGUCUCCUGCCCUGAGCUGUGAUGGUGAGCCUGGAGGAAGACUUGCACUGGGCCUGCUGUGCCCCAGCCAGAGGCCAUCAGCCAGGUGGCCAGGUCCUGUUGUACUGAAGCUUGGGCCCUUCCUGGUACCCUGGUCUCCUUCAUGGAGCUGAUGGUGAGCCUGAAGGAAGACUUGCAUCAGGACCAAUGGACCCUGGCAAGUGUCUGUCAGCCAGGUGCUCAGCCCCUGGUGCACUGAAGCUCAGGCCCUUCCUGGCCCCCUGAUCUCCUGCACUGAGCUGUGUGAGCUCUUCUGCCAAGGGGGGGCCUCCUGGCAUUGACCAACAUAGAUAGUGAGCCUGGAGGAAGAUUUGCGUUGGGCCCAAUGGCCCUGGGCCAGUGUCUGUCAGCCAGUUUCCCAGCCCCUGGUGCACUGAAGCUCAGGCCUUUUCCUGGCAUCCUGGUCUCCUGCACUGAACUGUGUGAGUGCUUCUGCCCAGGUAGGCCACUUGGCAUUGACCAGCAUAGAUGGUGAUCCCAGAGGAAAACUUGUGUUGGGCCUGCUGUCACUGGGCCAAUGUCAGUCAGCCAGGUGCCCAGCCCCUGGUGUGCUGAAGCUUGGGCCCUUCUGGCACCCUUGGCUCCUGCACUGAGCUGUGGUGAGCCCAUCUGGGUCCUGCUGGAUGCAUGUGCAGGGAGGGGGGUACCCUGGGUUGGGUCGAUGAUGAGAACUUUAUGUUGUCCUGAAGAGAGGUGAUGACUUAAAAAUCAUGCUCGAUAGGAUUACGCUGAGGCCCAGCCUAGGUGAGAGUUUUGGAAGAGGAUGCUGGGAUUCUGAGGUCCCUGACAGAGUAAAUGUAUUUUGGGCUGGAGACCUCGAGGCCCUGAAGGGCAUCUGGUGGGCCCAACCCUAUCUCUGUGCUCCUCCGUGAGGCAGCUCAGCCUCCCUGUGCUGGCUUGGUAUCCGGGCUCCAGGUCCCUGGUGACGGGGCACGUUGGACUCUCCUUCUUGAGCCCCCAUUUUCCCCUGUGUCUUUCAGUGAGCUCUUCUGCCCAAGUGGUCCCCGCGGCCUUGAGCAGCAUAGGCGAGUGCAUCCUGUUUUGGUCAUGGGCCAUGAGUGAUGCAGCAUGGGGUCCCCAACAUUCAGCCUUCGGGCCACUAGGGUUUUCUCAGGCUGCCAACCUACUCCCCACCAGGGAGGGAUGGUUUCUACAGGAAGGCCACUUCCUUGGGAAUCCGACCCAAGGAGCACAUCUUUCCUGAAGCCCUGCAGGGGUGACAGUGGUCCAGGCAGCAAAGGGUUCCUUCAGCCCAAUGUAGGGCAGCUCCCAGCUGAAACUCGGUGGACAGGUCAGGCCUGGAGUACUGUCCAGGGCACAUGGGGAGGAGGGGCACAGGGAAUGUGGCACACCCUAGAGGUUACACUGGAGUUCUCUCUCCCUGGAGAGGGGUGAGUGAUUGGGCCCACACAGUCAGGCUGUGAAAAUUCAAGGAAUGCUCCACACCCAUGACCUUGAAUGGGACCAACCCUGUUGAGCAAUGGGCCAUCUUAGUGGUACCUCCUUGAGUCUGGUGAGGGACGGCACUGUUUCAGUGAGGUUCGGUCAAGACUGAGCUCUGGCUGGUACCUGGUGGUGCUGCAGGCCCUGGGACUUGGGGGCCUUCGGUCAAGGAGGCAGCUUCGAUCCUGCUGGGGACAACCCUUCCUUGAGGUCUAGUGGUGAAAAGAGUGUCCUCCUGAGGUGGGAAGGCCUGCUGUCAAGGGAAUUUGCCACCCAGGCUGCUUCUGAGCCUUGGGGUCACCUCAGGGUGGCAGGGUCUUGUGCCCAAGGAAAGGAGAAGACACCAUCUGGUUCCUGAUUGGCUGAGUGUAGCCGGGCUCUGUGUGUUGGAGUUGGGCAGGGCAUGGAUGGGGACCCACCAGAGAAAGUGUGGCCCAGGGGCCCCCCAGGCUUGGAGAGGGCACCAGGGCCGGUGCCUACAAUGCUCAGGU